AUGCUGCGCCACCGCUGUAAUGUUGUGAAGUGGAUGAUCAAUCCUCACCUGCACCGCCCGGUGUGUAGCUCUACGCUGCUUGUCGGUCAAGCCGUGCGGCGGGCAUCGACGUGCCACGCAACACAAAGCGAAGGACACAGCAGCAGCGGCAGCAACAACAGCAACAAAAACAAUGUUCAGAAGCGAGAGCCGCACCUUCGCCGCCUCGCAGUGGUGCGGCCGGACUUAGUGGAUGAGUGGGUGCCCGAGCUCAAUGACGCCGACGUAAGCUCGGUGCCCUCCACCAGCCCACUCGACGUGUGGUGGCGUUGCCCUGCGUGUGGGGAGAACUACCAGGCAGCAGUGAAGGAUCGCGCAGUAGCGGAUAAGGGGUGCCCGCGUUGUUCGUCCAUGCAGCAGCGAGAAGUGUUACAUUUGCCCCAGAGUGUAGGAGGCGCCGGCUCGACUGAUGCGCAAAGUGCAGUAGCAACAGCAUCACCAUCACUCGCAGAGACACACCCCGAGCUUGCGAGCCGCUGGGAUUCUGACCGGAACGGCCUCCUAAGGCCCAGUGAUGUUACGUGUACGAGCGAGGUAAGUGUCUGGUGGCGUCCGGCGGAGGGGCGACCGCUGCACGAGCAGUCCUUUCGUCGGCCUGUGUACGCCUUUGUAGAGAUACCGUACAGCGUGCAGGAGCAGAGGGAGGCUCAGGCGGCGCUCGAAACUGACAUUCUUCAGCAGGUGCGAAAGGCCGCGAAGAUUGAGGAGGCACGCGCACACAAUGCGUUCCCUGCCGCCGCGUAUAUGCUGGAUGACAGCAUCCUGAAGAGCCCUCACAGCGGCGCCUCAGGGUCACCGCUCGCCACACAGAAUCAGCAGCAGCACUUUGACCUUGUGGGGGAAGACCUGCACAAGGCAAUUGAAAUGUGGGAACGUAAUUUUGAUGCAAAGACUGAUGAAGACUUUAGACCUGUCUUCCACGCUGACGAAGCACGUGGUGGUGGGGAAGCGUGGCGCGAUCAAGUUCUCACCACCUAUCAUCGCUUUGUCGAGUGGCACAAGAGCCAAAUAAAGUUAAAGGAGAGCAGCGGUAGUGACAACAGCAACAAGGGCACGGAUGCGAGUGUCGUUCCUUCCGCCAUCACAGAUCCUGAUUGGGUACAACACUUCACACUUGCUUCGGAAGAUGUCGCGAAGGGUUUGUUUGCACCCUCCGCAAAGCUCGUUCUUCCCGAUGUCACGGCUCCACCUGUGCAGCAGCAGCAGCAGCAGCAGACGGUACAAAAUGCUCUGCCGGCUCAUCGCCGCAUCGACUCGCUGCCGCCGCCACCUGAGGAGUAUGAAAAUGAGAUCCGCACAACAUUUGCGCAGCCCAAGCGGCCGUACCCGCGACAGCCACCGCGGCCGCCGAUGCACGAGGAAGACGUCACGGAGUCGGUGCCCAAGACAAUAGAGACGGACCAACAACAACAACAGCAGCAGCAGCAGCAACCGGAUGGAGCGUCAGCUUCACAGCGUGACGCAGUGAAGGGGCGAAAGAGUCACGUGCACCACGACGCCCCGGUCGAGGCGGCCUUCGAGGUGGUGAGUCUCGCCACCGCGCAGAGCCUCGCACAGGACUACGCUGCCUCCGACGACAAAAGCAUGCCCUUCGACGCGGAUGAGAAGGACCUCCAUCUGCGCUCUCUCCUUGGCUCUGUGGCGAUGCAGUCGAUGACGGAGGAGCAGGCAAGAGCACUGCAGUACAACAGAGGCACGCCACGGCCGCGCCGCACAGGACGAUUCCGCCUGCGCAUGCCUGUCAGCACAGAGAGUCGAGGGAAGGACGGCAUCGCCUCCACGCUGGGGGUUGCGUCGCCGUCGUCGUCCUCCUCUGCCACGGAGGAAGGCACGCGGAAGGAGCAGCAGCGGGUAAUUCAGGCACCCGGCACACCGCGAAAGGUGGCGCGCCCAAAGAAGAAGCUUAACGAGGCUGCCAACGAAGAGAGCACCAGCAGCAGUGCCUUCUCGUCGGGGCAAGUGGAAACAGCGUCAGCAUAA